AUGUUCUUCGACUAUACGGGAGAAGGGCAGAACCGUAAGGUGGGCAAGUUUACCGCGAAGGCGACGGUAACCCGGGUCCGGCCCUCGGGCGAGGACCUGACGCAGUGCUACUACAUCCCGUACGAGAUCAAGGACACCGACGAGUGCCGCCUGGAGGAGGGGCACCCGAUGCGGCACAAGUGCCACCGCAGCACCGUGUGCAUCAACACCGUGGGGAGCUACGAGUGUGGGUGUGCGGCCGGGUACUGGGGCGAGGAAGAGAGCGGGUCACCCUCCCUCGACAAGCCCAUCAAGAGCGAGGACGGCGCGUGCGGGGGGGAGAACUCCACGGAGUCGUGCUGUGGCACGUUCGGGUACAUGAAGGAGCGGAGGGCCGCUUGCGUGGAAGACUUCAAGUGCACCAACGACCCCUGCAAGGGCAACACGUGCGACGACAGCACGUCGCUGUGCUCAGCCGGGCAGGGGUACAAGGGCUACGAGUGCAGGUGCAAGGACGGCUUCAAGAAGGACGAGAGGGGGGACUGCGUGCGGGACGUGAGGAAGUUCGAGAACCCCUGCAGGAACAACACCUGCCCCUACCACUGCAGGUGCAGCGUGGAGGGGGAUGCCUACAAGUGCGAGCCCCGGCAUGGCUACAAGGCCUACAUCGACGGAGAGACUGUCCCCAGCGACUACUACGAGACCAUUGCCGGAGGAAAGCGGCUGGACAAGAUCACCCGCUGCGUGGACAAGCGGACCCCGGACUUUACGAUCAGGGGGCCCAACCCGAGCGUAUACCGACAGGGUGACAGCUACGAGGAGCUGGGAGUGACGAUCGACGACCGCAAUGACGACGAGAGCGAGCGCAAGAUCGGGAUACAGUACUCCACUCCCCCUGGCGCCUACCUGAAGAAGACGGGCGAGUUUACCGUGAGGUACGUUCUCGAGAACCGUCUGCUGGAGGGGGACGGCACCAUCUCCAAGAUCAGGAAGGUGGAGGUGCUGGAUGUGGACGAGUGUACCUACACCGGGCGCCACGCUGAGUUCCGACACGCCUGUUCCCCGGAGGCGGAGUGCCACAACACCGAUGGCGGGUACGAGUGUCUCUGUGCCGAGGGCUACGCCGGGGACGGUCUGACCACCGGACAGGGGUGCGUCGACGUCACCCCGCCUACCAUCACGUGUCGAGGACCAGGCUGCCACACGGCCAAUUUCCGUGCGUGCAACUCGGUCGGAAUGAUGUCGGAGGAUGGGUCGAAGAAGACGCUAACGGCAGCCCUCGACGACGCCGCCAUCGAGAGCUACAUCAAGCUGCUCAAGGGCGACCUGUGUGGUCACGGCGAUGAGGCGGCUCCCGGGGCAGCCGACGACGACGACUUUGAAGGCGAAGGCGACGCCUCCGAUAGCAGGGAGUGGAAACCCGAGGUCUGUUUCACGGCCAGCGACGUGGAGUACGGGGGAAGGGUGGUGGACCUCACCGCGAACAUCACCAGGGGAGCGCUGGAGAAGAUCCCCGGGCGCGAGAGGAUGUGGAGGGUGCCGCACAACGUCAAGGACGCCUCUGGUAACUCGGCGAAGGUGUUCUACUACAACAUCGCCGUCGAAGAGGUGGACGUCCUGGAGUCCCUCCAAGGCUCGGCAGAGAUCCUCCAGCAAGAGAUGUCCGAGCUCUUCUUCAUGCGGAUUGCCGUCGCCGCCCUCCUGGUGCUGCUGCUGUUCCCACUGGUGUGGAGGGUGCUCAUGUUCGUCCGGGUUGUGUUGGCUGCGGCGAAGGUGGUCUUCUUCCCCUACUCGAUGAUCAGCUCCAGGGAGGACUUCAAGCUGGGGUAG